AUGUUGGGCAACCCCACUCACAUGAUGGGCCACCCCACUCACAUGAUGGGCCACCCCACUCACAUGAUGGGCCACCCCACUCACAUGAUGGGCCACCCCACUCACAUGAUGGGCCACCACACUCACAUGAUGGGCCACCACACUCACAUGAUGGGCCGCCACACUCACAUGAUGGGCCACCACACUCACAUGAUGGGCCACCACACUCACAUGAUGAGCCACCACACUCACAUGAUGGGCCACCACACUCACAUGAUGAGCCACCACACUCACAUGAUGGGCCACCACACUCACAUGAUGGGCCACCACACUCACAUGAUGGGCCACCACACUCACAUGAUGGGCCACCACACUCACAUGAUGGGCCACCACACUCACAUGAUGGGCCACCACACUCGCAUGAUGGGCCACCACACUCACAUGAUGAGCCACCACACUCACAUGAUGGGCCACCACACUCACAUGAUGGGCCACCACAUGAUGGGCCACCACACUCACAUGAUGGGCCACCACACUCACAUGAUGGGCCACCACACUCACAUGAUGGGCCACCACAUGAUGGGCCACCACUGGACCACAAUAAGGUGUUUCAUCACGACCAACAGCGCCCCUGACCAAGAAGGUUUCAUCAAGACCAACUGCCCCCCUGACCCAGAAGGUGUUUCAUCAAGACCAGCAGCGCCCCCUGACCCAGAAGGUGUUUCAUCAAUACCCGCACCGCCCCCUAACCCAGAAGGUGUUUCAUCACGACCAACAGCGCCCCCUGACCCAGAAGGUGUUUCAUCAAGACCAACAGCGCCCCCUGGGCCAGAAGGUGUUUCAUCAAGACCAACAGCGCCCCCUGACCCAGAAGGUGUUCCAUCACGACCAACAGCGCCCCUGACCCAGAAGGUUUCAUCAAGACCAACUGCCCCCCUGACCCAGAAGGUGUUUCAUCAAGACCAGCAGCGCCCCCUGACCCAGAAGGUGUUUCAUCAAGAUCCGCACCGCCCCCUAACCCAGAAGGUGUUUCAUCACGACCAACAGCGCCCCUGA